AUGUCGCUCUUAGGCACUAUAAAUCCUAAUCUUAAUCCAGCUCGAGGUGUGGAGUCCCACGAAAUCCACGAGAACAGCAAUGAAGGCUUAGCUGCUACAUCCGCAUCGGCUGUGAACGAAGGAACAGCCGAGCUAGGCCACCACCAGCACAGCACCCGUGACGAAGAGAAGUUGAUGGCAGAGUCUGGUGUUAGUCCACCAGGGUCCGAUACCAGAGGUCGUUGGAGCCGACACACUACCUUCAGCAGCGCCGAGACUGCCCUCGAGAAGGUAGAGCCAGAUAAGGAGGAUAUCGACAAUGAGAGUGAUGGCGUGGCGGCGCAAGAGAUCCACCGUCUGGCGCAGCAGUUGACCCGUCAAUCCACUCGUUUCUCGACACAUGGCGAGAAUACCUUCUUGGAGACGAAGGAGGAUUCGACCUUGAACCCCGCCAGUCCCAACUUCAAAGCAAAGCAUUGGAUGAAGAACCUUCUCGCCCUCUCCUCGCGUGAUCCCGAAAGAUACCCUAGACGAGAAGCAGGUGUUUCCUUCCAGAACCUCAGCAUUCACGGUUAUGGUAGUCCAACGGAUUAUCAGAAGGAUGUUUUCAACUCCAUCUUCCAGAUCGGCGCCCUUGUCCGCAAACUCACAGGUACCGGAAAGCAAAAAAUCCAAAUUCUCCGUGACUUCGAUGGACUGGUGCGCAACGGCGAAAUGUUGGUGGUCUUGGGUCGCCCAGGAAGCGGUUGCUCAACCUUUCUGAAAACCCUCGCCGGUGAAAUGAACGGUAUCUACAUGGACGAGGCGUCUCAGCUGAACUACCAAGGCAUUUCAGCCCAGCAGAUGCAAAAGCAGUUCAAGGGCGAGGCUAUUUACACCGCCGAAACCGACGUACACUUCCCGCAGUUGACCGUCGGUGACACCCUCAAGUUUGCCGCGCUCGCUCGUUGCCCUCGGAACCGAUUUCCGGGCGUCACCAAGGAGCAAUAUGCGCUGCACAUGCGCGAUGCGGUCAUGGCGAUGUUGGGCCUGUCUCAUACCAUUAAUACCAAGGUUGGCAACGACUUUGUCCGUGGAGUCAGUGGUGGUGAGCGCAAGCGUGUCAGUAUCGCCGAAGCCACUUUGUGUGGCUCUCCCUUGCAGUGUUGGGACAACAGUACGCGUGGUCUAGAUUCGGCCAACGCUUUGGAGUUCUGUAAGACACUGAACCUGAUGACCAAAUACGCUGGAGCGACUGUUGCAGUCGCCAUCUACCAAGCGUCGCAGAGUGCCUAUGACGUCUUCGACAAGGUCACCGUUCUGUACGAAGGUCGACAGAUCUACUUUGGCCCCACCAAUGAGGCGAGGGAGUUUUUCACCACUAUGGGCUUUGAGUGUCCGGAUCGUCAGACUACUGCCGAUUUCCUCACCUCCCUGACCUCUCCCGCAGAACGUAUCGUCAAGCCGGGCUAUGAAGGCAAGGUGCCUCAGACUCCUGACGAAUUCGCAGCUGCAUGGAAGAACAGUGAGGCACACGCCAAGUUGCUCCGAGAUAUUGCCGAGUACAACCAACAAUAUGCCAUUGGUGGCGAGUCGCUUGGCAAGUUCAUCGAGUCCCGCAAAGCUAUGCAGUCCAAGAACCAGCGCGUCAAGUCUCCCUACACGAUCUCCCUGUAUGAACAGGUCAAGCUCUGCUUGAUCCGUGGGUUCCAACGCUUGCAGGGUGAUGCCAGUUUGACUAUCUCCCAGUUGGUCGGAAACUUCAUCAUGGCUCUUAUCAUUGGAAGUGUGUUUUACAACCUAAAGGACGAGACGGACAGUUUCUACUCUCGUGGUGCCCUGCUUUUCUUCGCCGUGUUGCUCAAUGCCUUCUCUAGUGCGCUCGAGAUCUUGACCUUGUACGCACAACGUCCAAUCGUUGAGAAGCAAUCUCGUUACGCCAUGUAUCAUCCUUUCGCCGAAGCCAUCGCGUCUAUGCUCACUGACAUGCCCUACAAAAUCGCAAACGCAAUUAUCUUCAAUCUCACGCUCUAUUUCAUGACCAAUCUUCGUCGGACGCCGGGUGCCUUCUUCGUCUUCCUGCUGUUCUCCUUCGUCACGACCCUGACCAUGUCUAUGCUCUUCCGUACCAUCGCCGCUUCUUCCCGUACACUUUCUCAGGCUCUCGUCCCUGCUGCCAUUCUCAUCUUGGGUUUGGUCAUCUACACGGGUUUCACAAUCCCCACGACUUAUAUGCUGGGCUGGUCGAGAUGGAUGAACUAUAUCAAUCCGAUUGCUUACGGUUUCGAGAGUCUGAUGGUCAACGAGUUUCAUAACCGGAGGUUUCCGUGUUCUGAAGAUGGCUACGUUCCCUCCGGCAAUGGGUAUGAUUCUCUGCCCCUUGCGAACAAGAUCUGCUCCACAGUGGGUGCGGUUUCUGGCCAGUCCUACGUCGACGGUGAUAGGUAUCUUGCGUUGAGCUUCGACUACUACAACAGCCACAAAUGGCGCAACCUGGGAAUCAUGUUUGCUUUCAUGAUCGCCCUCAUGGGCACAUAUUUGCUAGCCACCGAGUAUAUCUCCGAAGCCAAGUCCAAGGGCGAGGUUCUGCUCUUCCGCCGCGGUCACACUGCUAUCGCUGCUAAGGAUGUCGAAUCAAGCCGUCAAUUUGCCUCCCCUGAGAAGGCCGACCAAACCGGUGGUCAGCAGAGUGCCGCUAUUCAGAGACAGACUGCUAUCUUCCAAUGGCAAGAUGUGUGCUACGAUAUCAAGAUCAAGGGCGAACCGCGCCGCAUUCUCGAUCAUGUGGAUGGAUGGGUCAAGCCUGGAACAUGCACUGCUCUUAUGGGUGUUUCGGGUGCCGGUAAAACAACCCUCCUGGACGUGCUUGCUACUCGUGUCACCAUGGGUGUUGUCACCGGUGAAAUGUUGGUUGAUGGUCGUCCGCGCGAUCAGAGUUUCCAGCGCAAGACUGGAUAUGUGCAACAGCAGGAUCUCCACCUCCACACUACCACUGUCCGUGAGGCUCUCCGUUUCAGCGCCCUCCUUCGUCAGCCUGCCCACGUCAGCCGCCAAGAGAAGCUUGACUAUGUUGAAGAAGUCAUCAAGCUACUAAACAUGGAGGAGUAUGCUGACGCCGUCGUUGGUGUUCCCGGCGAAGGUCUCAACGUCGAACAGCGGAAGCGUCUCACCAUCGGAGUUGAAUUGGCGGCCAAGCCGCAAUUGCUUUUGUUCUUGGACGAACCUACUUCGGGACUUGACAGUCAAACAUCCUGGUCCAUUCUCGAUCUCAUUGACACCUUGACUCAGCAUGGUCAAGCUAUUCUGUGUACUAUUCACCAGCCUUCGGCCAUGCUGUUCCAGCGCUUUGACCGUCUGUUGUUCCUUGCACGAGGCGGUAGAACGGUCUACUUCGGAGAUAUCGGAGAGAAGUCCUCUACCCUUGCCAGUUAUUUCGAACGCAACGGUGCUCCCAAGCUCCCUGCCGAUGCCAACCCCGCCGAAUGGAUGCUCGAAGUCAUUGGUGCCGCUCCUGGAUCUCACAGUGAUAUCGACUGGCCCGCUGUGUGGCGUGAUAGCCCUGAACACAAAGCUGUGCUUGACCACCUGGCCGAACUCAAGUCUACUCUCUCCCAGAAACCGAGUGACACCACCCAGGCGGAUCCCGGUAGCUACAACGAAUUCGCUGCGCCGUUUUCUGUUCAAUUGUGGGAGUGCUUGCUCCGGGUCUUCUCGCAGUACUGGCGUACACCCGUGUACAUUUACUCCAAGUUCACCCUGUGCGCCCUUACUGCCUUGUACAUUGGAUUUUCAUUCUUCCACGCCAAGAACACUUCGCAGGGUCUUCAAAACCAGAUGUUCUCCAUAUUCAUGUUGAUGACUAUUUUCGGAAACCUGGUUCAACAGAUUCUUCCCAAUUUCUGCACUCAGCGCGCUCUCUACGAGGCCCGCGAGAGACCUUCUAAGAGUUACUCUUGGAAGGCUUUCAUGGCUGCCAAUAUCAUUGUUGAGCUGCCGUGGAACGCGCUCAUGAGUGUCGUCAUCUUCGUCUGCUGGUACUACCCAAUUGGUCUGUACCAGAACGCAGAACCGACUGAUGCCGUUCACGAGCGUGGAGCAUUGAUGUGGCUGCUUAUUCUGUCCUUCCUUCUCUUUACUUCGACCUUCGCGCACAUGAUCAUUGCGGGUAUCGAGCUUGCGGAGACUGGUGGUAACCUUGCCAACCUCCUCUUCUCUCUGUGCUUGGUCUUCUGUGGUGUUCUUGCAACUCCUCAGCAGCUUCCCGGAUUUUGGAUCUUCAUGUAUCGGGUCUCGCCGUUCACGUAUCUAGUGUCUGCCAUGUUGUCGACUGGUGUCUCGGGUACCACGGCUGUCUGUGACUCUUCGGAGUAUCUCCGCUUCAAUCCUCCUUCCAACAGCACUUGCGAGAGCUAUAUGAGCAGCUACAUCAAACUUUCAGGCGGCUAUCUUGAGAACCCUGAUGCCACCAGCGAUUGCGCCUUCUGCACCAUCAGCGACACGGACACGUUCCUGGCUGCGGUCAGUAGCCACUACUCGGACGCGUGGCGCAAUUUCGGUCUUAUGUGGGUGUACAUCGUGUUCAACAUCUUUGCUGCGGUGGGCAUCUACUGGCUUGCCCGUGUCCCGAAGGCCAAGAAGACCAAGGCUUCUUCCUGA